UUCUUGAACGCGGGCUUAUGUUUACUCCUCCUCCUGUACCUGAAUGUUUGUCUACAGACGUACGCUGUGGAAACUACGACCUCUAGAUCUCCCUAAUCCUCUCUCUUUCUCUGAUCUCCCUCUCUGGCUCUCUCUGUUAAUUGUUGAUGACAAGAGGAACGACAGCCUUCCCUGCUGGACUCAUGGUCCUCCUUAUAACUGUUCUGGUCUUCCUCCAGCUUCCUCCUCCAGCUUCUAGUCUUGACGAUACUCAUGAUAACUACUCAUGUGUUCCUUCUUCCUGUGGCAAUAUCUCCAACAUCAGCUAUCCAUUUCGACUGAAAGGGGAUCCACCGAAAUGUGGAGACGCAAGGUAUGAGCUCUCAUGUGAUGAGAACAACCCUAUGUUGUUAUCUUUACAUGGUAGUAGAUACUACGUAAGCCAAAUCAAUUACAACAACUAUACCAUCCGAAUUGUAGACGCAGGUAUUCAAGAGGAUAAUUACUCCUUCAUCCCUCGUCAUUUUCUAAACUAUCGUUCUUUUCUAAACUAUGGUUCUUUUCUAAGUGGUUUGAUUCCUAUGGAUUAUGUUGGAUAUUCGUAUUCAACAUAUGUACGAACGAACCCGACAACACAAGAAUUCAAAGAAAAACUAUCACAAGUUGUGGUUAUUGUGAAUUGUGAAAAGCCUCCGAGUUCCUCUGUCUAUUUCGUCUCGAUUUCUACGAAUUGUUCUAAUAUGAAUAAUGGAUCUGGAUCUGCUUCCAACUCCUCUUUGUCUCAAUAUUCCAAAAGGUACAUAUAUUUUGUUGUUGGAUAUCAGAAUCGGGACAUGAGUGUGAUGGAUAUGGAGGAGUCGUGCACGAUAGAGCAAAUGUCUCUGACAUCGCCAGGACAAAUUAAUGAAUAUCCUAAUAUUUCCUCAUGUACUGACCUCCGCAAUGUAUUCUCACAUGGUUUUGAGCUUUCAUGGUUCUACAGUGCACUUUGUGGAAGCUGCAGCUCAUACUAUGAUUGCUACCUCGGUGACGAUAAUCAACCUCAUUGCGAUACAUGGGGCAGAUUUACUUUCGCUACUUUCUUACGAGAUCUGCCAUAUGUUAUAAGAUAUAUUGUAGAUCUUCCAGCUGCAUAUAUUGUAUACUGGACCACCGGUCGUUACAUUCCAAUAGCAGAUUAUCAACAUUCCCCAUUUUUUUUUGUAAUAGAAGUAAUAAUUGGAUUCCUGCUCGAUUGGCGUAUAUCUUUUAGUGUGUUAGGCACUCCAUUUGUGAUUGCAUUUUUGAUAUAUAAAUGGCGAAGGAGGCACUUAUCCGCAUACAACGCUGUUGAAGAAUUUCUGCAAAGCCAAAAUAACCUCAUGCCAAUAAGUUACUCCUACUCAGAAAUUAAGAAAAUGACCAAAGGUUUUAGAGAAAAGUUGGGCGAAGGUGGAUAUGGCACAGUAUUUAAAGGAACACUUCGAAGUGGAUAUCUUGUGGCUGUAAAAAUGUUAGGCCAGUCAAAAACAAAUGGGCAAGAUUUUAUCAAUGAGGUGUCAACUAUUGGAAGGAUUCAUCAUGUUAAUGUGGUGCAACUCAUUGGUUAUUGCGUUCAUGGAUCAAAGCGUGCUCUUGUAUACGACUUCAUGCCCAAAGGAUCUCUAAAUAAAUACAUUUUUUCGUCGGAGGAAAGUAUGUUCCUAGACAAUGAGAAAACAUAUAAUAUUGCUCUAGGAGUGGCUCGUGGGAUUGAGUAUUUACAUCGAGGAUGUGACAUGCAAAUUUUGCAUUUCGAUAUCAAACCUCACAACAUCCUUCUUGACGAGAAUUUUAUCCCUAAGGUUUCUGACUUUGGCUUAGCAAAACUAUAUCCGAUAGAAGACAAUACUAUUUGUUUGACUGCUGCAAGAGGGACAUUGGGAUACAUGGCUCCUGAAUUAUUCUACAAAAACAUUGGAGGUAUUUCAUACAAGGCUGAUAUUUAUAGUUUUGGAAUGUUGUUGAUGGAAAUGGUGGGCAAAAGAAAGAACUUAAAUGCUUUUGUAGAACAUUCAAGCCAGAUUUACUUUCCUACCUGGGUGUACGAUCAAUUCAAUGAUGGGAAAGAUAUUGAAAUAGAAUGUGCCACUGAAGAGGAGAAAGAGAUUGUUAAGAAAAUGAUCAUUGUCGCAUUAUGGUGUAUACAAAUGAAUCCUAGUAAUCGUCCUGCUAUGAACAAAGUUUUACAAAUGCUUGAAGGAGAAGUUGAACACUUACAAAUACCUUCUAGGCCUCCCCUAUCAUCGCCAGAGAGAGUGAUCAAAAAUUGUGAAGAUAAUUCAAGUCAAGUUUGGCUGUCUAGUCAAACUUUGUCAUCAACUUCUUAAAAGAAAAGCUAUCAUCCAAGUCUUGACAAGCAUGUGGAUAACUGUACUCUUCUCCUAUUUGGUAGAAUAUAGAAGAUACUUUCUGUUUUUUAUAAUUGAGUUUUUAUUUGAGAAAGUUAGGAUGCUAUUCUUCAGUUUGUAUCAAACGUUUUUUUCCCACUUUCGUAUAUUGGAUUGGACUAUAUUUGGCACUCAA